UAACCUUGAGGCAGAGGCCCAAAGGAAUUACGCUCUCUCUCUGUCUUGUAAUUUAACACAGCAAGCGCGUGGCUUUUGGCUCAGGGUUAUUGUGAACGAAAAACCCCUUAAUUUUGAAAAGACCACAUCUAGUGUACUAUCUGUGUUUUAUUGUUCUAUGAUUUUUUUUAAACAUUAUAUUUGGUUCUAGAGUUACAACACUUGAAUAACUUUAACGCUGAAAACUACAUAUUUAUAUAUUUUCAGAGUUUAAGAAAUUAGAAGAAAAUGAAAUCAGGAAUUUAAAUUUUAUAAAUUUCUAGCUUUUCUGUACAAGGAAGAUGAGAUUUCAUCUCUGUUUGUUGUUCUACCAAGUGUACUGCACCAUAUCAUCAGCUGACAACGAUGUCUUCAUUGUAAGCAGCAUUGAGGGGGAACAAGCCCGUCUACCCUGCGAUAUACAUUCUAGAAAAAACGAUAGUGUGUAUCUUGUUCUUUGGUACAGGAAAGAUUCUGGAACACCAAUAUACAGUUAUGAUUCCCGUCCAGGAGGUGGUUUACAGGAUAGGAGUCUAUGGUCAGAACCUAAGGCAUUUGGAAGCCGAGCUUACUACCAUAUCAACAGCAAUCCAUCAAUGCUGGCUGUUAGUGAUCUGAAGGGAGUUGAUAGUGGCACUUAUACUUGUAGAGUUGAUUAUACACAGUCCCCAACCGUGUACCACCAUGUUCGUUUGGAUGUUACAGUACCUCCUGUAACUCUGAUGAUCAUUGGUGAUCGUGGAAGAGAAAUAACAGAUAACAAUCCAAUCGGACCAUUCAAGGAGGGAGAUCCGUUUACUGUGCUUUGUGUGGCAACUGGAGGUAAAAGUUUUAAAAUAAUCAUCAAAAUCUAUAUAGGUGUGAUGGGGAGGGGGCUAUCAAGCUUUAACCCCCCUUUUUGUGCUAUUAGCUGUCAAAAUAACCAUUUAUUUUGUAACAAUUAAUGUAUAUAUAUCAGUAAUUAACCUUUUCUUUUUUUUGGGGGGGGGGAACUUUAAGGUUCAUAGAUGGAAUUUCAUUUGCCCAUCUUUUUAAAGAUUUAUUUUUACUCGGAGAAAGAUUUAAAGGGAACCCUUGUUAAUAGGACAUGCUCCUCUCUCUUUUAGAGCAGAUUCAAUUGAAAUAACAGCAACAUUUCCUUUAGAAGAAAUAUAGUAAAAUAUGUAUUACUUUAAGCAUUAUUGCUAUUACUAUUUCUCAGGUUUGCAGUGCUAACAUGAAUUUAGUUAGAUGAAGGUUUAUAUAUACUUCUACGUAGGUUGGAUGGAAAUGCUAAUUCUGUAUAACGGA